GAUAAAAAAAAAAAAAAAAAAAAGAACACUUGGUAAGCUGAAACAUAAGCCAUCAAUGGUGGUGCUUGACAUGGCUUCUCACUUGUACAUAAAUCCACCUCAAAACCUUCACUUUCUUCCUUCUUCUUCUUCUUCUUCCCUUAAACCUCACUUAUACCUCUCUUUCAAACGCAUAAACCCACAACCCAAAUCCUCAUCCUCCUCCGUCUUCGUCCCUUGCGCAUCACAGAGCUCCAUUGCCAUUACUUCCAACGAAAGAUGGUCUCUCAAUGGAUUGUCUGCUCUUGUCACCGGCGGCACUCGCGGAAUCGGGCGUGCGAUUGUGGAGGAAUUGGCUGGUCUUGGAGCAAAGGUUCACACUUGCGCUCGAAAUGAGAACGAGCUGGAGAAUUGUUUGAGUGAUUGGAACCGUUAUGGUCUCAGAGUUGCGGGAUCCGUCUGCGAUGUCUCUGAUCAAUCUCAGAGAGAGGAUUUGAUGGAGACUGUAUCAUCUGUCUUUGACGGGAAGCUUCAUAUCCUUGUAAACAAUGUUGGGACGAACAUUAGGAAACCAAUGGUAGAGUUUACGGCUGGAGAAUUUUCGACUCUCAUGUCGACGAAUUUCGAAUCGGUUUUCCAUUUAUGUCAGCUUGCUUAUCCGUUACUUAGAGCAUCUGAGGCUGGCAGUGUUGUAUCCAUCUCUUCUGUUUCUGGUUUUGUCUCACUCAAGAAUAUGUCGGUUCAAUCUGCAACCAAAGGAGCAAUUAAUCAACUUACGAGAAGUCUGGCUUGCGAGUGGGCUAAGGACAAUAUAAGGGUCAAUGCUGUUGCACCAUGGUAUAUCAAAACAUCGAUGGUAGAGCAAGUCCUUAGCAACGAAGACUACCUAGAAGAAGUCUACUCAGUAACUCCUCUUGGUCGGCUUGGCGAACCGAGAGAGGUGUCUUCUGCAGUGGCUUUUUUAUGCCUACCUGCAUCAUCAUAUAUUACAGGGCAGAUUAUUUAUACAAUCUGCGUUGACGGAGGUGCUAUAGUCAACGGUUUCUCCUUCAGGCCUCUGCCUUAAAUCACAUGUAUGCAUGGUACAUAAAUCAUAAUUUCAAUAUCUAGAUCUUCGAGUCGUUUAAAAAUAUCUUGGCGGUCCAAAAGUAGUGGUCAAUAUGUUAUAAAUGUAGUUUGGAUAAGUGGGAUUGAGUCUUUUUUUCGUCUAUGUUUUGUUUCUUGAAGAUUCUUACAUACUUAUGCUUGCGGUGAAUGAGAGUUCAAUAUCUGAAUAAAUUAUCCACUUUGGCCAA